GUGGGUGUUUUAAAAAUGAUACUGAGAUAUCGCUUUUUCCGUGUUUUUAGUUAUCACGGCAGAAAACUAAGUCAUUACACACCCGCUGGAUAUUCACAACUUAUAUCAACUGCUGAAGUCAAGAAGUUUUGUAUUCAGUGCUUAGAAAAAGUCGGAGCACAAUCAAAACAUGCAAAAGCACUCAGCGAUGUCCUAGUUGCUGGCGAUUAUCGUGGUCAUUAUAGUCAUGGGCUGAAUAGACUAGAAAUGUAUGUACAGGAUAUUCAGAAAGGUGUAUGCUCAACGGAUUUAGAACCCAUAAUUGUGAAAGAAACAGUGUCCACUGCCCUUGUAGACGGAAAAAAUGUUUUAGGUCCAGUUGUAGGAAAUUUUGCGAUGGAGACAGCAAUCAAAAAAGCCGAUAAAACUGGAAUCGCUUUCGUUGCGGCGUUUGGUUCCAAUCAUUUCGGUAUUGCUGGAUGGUACAGUCUCAUGGCUCUACAACAAGGACUCAUAGGUCUUGCGUUUACGAACACUUCUCCCUUGGUAUUUCCUACACGAGCACGAAAGUUAGCUGUUGGAACAAAUCCAAUCACGUUGGCAGCACCUGGUAAGGUUCCUGAGGACCAUUUUGUUUUAGAUAUGGCUACAAGUGCAGUAGCAUUGGGUAAAAUUGAAAUGAGUCGAAGAAGAGGCAUUGAAAUACCCAAAGGAUGGGGUGCUGAUACUGACGGGAAAACAUCUGUUGAUCCAAAUUUAGUUGUCACAAAAGGUGGAUUAAUGCCACUUGGCGGCGAAGAAGAAAAUAGUGGGUAUAAAGGAUAUGGUUUAGGGAUGCUUGUUGAAAUAUUAUGCGGCAUCAUUACAGAUGCUGCAUUUGGACCAAAUGUUCGUCGAUGGUUGUCAACUGAUAAACCGGCUAAUCUGGGUCAAUCAUUUCUAGCCAUCGAUCCCAAAGCAUUUGCUCCAGGAUUUGAACAACGAUUAUCAGAAUAUGUCAAUAUUAUGCGUAAUUUACCACCGGUUGACAGUCAGAAACCUGUGGUAGUUCCUGGGGAUUUUGAAAGAGAGCAUAUGAAAGAAUGCGAUGAACUUGGUGGUAUCCCAUAUCCUCCUGUAUUGAUUGAGAGUUUAAAUCGUUUAGCUGAUCAAUUAAAAGUUGAUAAAAUGAAAAUAAUCAAAAUUUUAUAAACACAAAUUACAUUUUCUAUUAAUCACAGUUGACAAACUCCUAGAAAUUCAAUUAAGUUUUUUCAGUAGCUCUUUACCUUCAACAAGAACAACUGAAUACAAAGAAUACUAGUAUACUUUUUUUUGUAUGAGACAUUCUGUAAUGUUUGGUCUGUUUGCUUAAUUUUUUCCUGUACAAAAAUAAUUUAACACUUAAGGUGAUAGAUAUCAUCUUACUGAUGUUUAGUUUCAAUGAUUUCACUUGGAUAGAUUUAAUUUAUGACAAUAAUGGUACAAUUUGUUUUUUUCUACAUUGAUUUUAAUUAGAAAUCUGAUGAUACACUUAU